AUGGGCGUGACCCCCAAAGAGGCUGCCAAGCUCAAACAGGAGUUUCUGGAGUCGAUGCCGGGGGUGGCCGCCUUCCUGGAGAAGGUGGUUGAGGACUGCCGGCAGACAGGCUACGUGGAGACCCUGGCUGGCCGCCGCUGCCCUCUGCCCAACAUCAACCUCCAGAGCUGGAGGCUCAGGGGUGAGGCGGAGCGAAAGGCCGUCAACACGCCGAUGCAGGGCUCGGCGGCCGACGUGAUGAAGGCGGCGAUGAUUGCCCUGGGUGAGAGCCUCCAAAUUGGCCAGGCGGGGGAGGGCGGCGCUGCAAUUGUGCUGAUGAUCCACGAUGAGCUGGUGAUAGAGGUGGCCGCCAUCGUCCGCGAGUGCAUGGAGGUCGUGCCUGUACGCAAGCUUCAUCUGAGCGUGCCGCUUGCCGUGAAGAUGAGCAUGGGGCGCAGCUGGGGGGAUUUGAAGGAGGUGGAGCUGCUGCCCCUGUAG